UAGCGGCUUUGCAUAUCGCUCAUCACUAACGUUGGUGCGAAAAGAAAACAGCGAAAAAGUUGGACUUGAACAAAUCGCAAAAAAUACGAAAAAUAAAGAAAGUUGUAAUAUUUCCGGACGCGCGAGAUGAAGGAGAACAACAAGAUCCUCCAGCUCAUCUAUGUGGCGUGGCGCGAACGCUGGUCGGACUCCCAGUGGGGCAUCAACAUAAAAAAGGUGCUUCCAAGGGGAGUCAGCGGAGAUGUGUAUAAUCUAGCGGAUUGUCUAAUGCAGCAAGCACUAAUUGGCUCCACAGCAAAUCCGUUGGUCCUGAACUACCUGAAGCACUCGCUGUGCGCUCAUCUCGUCUCGCAUGCUGCUGUUCUGCGUUGCAUCGCCAAAUAUGACAAACUGGAACGGGUGUACUGCAUUACAUCGCUUCUGGAGUUCCUGGCGAGCAUUGUGGAUGGCGUUACUUGCCGUAUCAAAGCUGAGGAGGCUGUGCUGCCCAGCUCCGUGGUCCACUUGGUCUACUGGCUGCUCCAAAUAUUCGCGAGAACCGUGCAGCACUACGAGUUGUACGGGGAAAUUAGCGCCGAGCAAUCUUAUAUGUUGGACCAGACAUGCGUGGUGAUCGAUCGACUUAGCCAGCACCAAUUUUUGCUCUCCAUGCUGUACGUUGGUUGUCAUGAAGAACUCGAGAUACGCGGAAGGAUUCGGGAUAAGUACGCCAGCAUUAAGGGAUCGCUGACGAACUCCAACUUUACGUUGAAUGCACCGAAUGUUGAGCAGCAGCUCCAGCAGUUGGCCUACAUCGAGGGCAAGCACUUGGACAUGCAACCACUCAAUCCGCAGGCAACGCAGGAGAAGAUCUCGUUCUGUGUGCAACCCUUGCUGGCAGUUGAAGUUUUGCUCAAUCCAUCCAAAGACACUAGCUUCUACGUGGCAGAGUUGCAAAUGCUACAGCGGCUAAAACGUUACUCCAAUACACGCCUUUUCUACGAGAUCAUCCGCGCUGGAUUUCUCACGCUAAGCAAUGUGGCGGAUAAUAGUCCGGAUACUAUGUGGGGUGCCUUUAUGUUUUUCAAAAUGCCACACAUCCUUAAGCAGCUGCACGCGCUGCAAAGGAUUCCAGGAGACCAACCACCUCCGGCGGAUUACAUACCCGAGUUGGUGGAGGCUUUGGAGCUGCUCAUCGAGGACAAUCUGCUACUGGACUUCAUGGAUACAAAGUGCUCGUGCAAUAUGAUCGAGUUCCUGCUUAAUGACUGGACCAAACAGCAGCUGGUAAACGAUGUCCAUGUGAAGAAGUUUGCGAGUCAGAGGGAAGCCGCCUCUCAGUUGCUAAAAAAAUGCGACAAUGGCCAACAGACACCGUCCAACAUUAAUUUUAUCAAGCGUGCCGAGGUGCCGCUUUCCGGUGUACUUAAGACGUUGUGCACAAACAAGGUGCAGGACAUGGUGAAUGUCCUUUGCCAAGUGCCGGUGGGCAAUAGUUUUGAAUUGAUCCUUUCGGUGGCCACCGUAGAAGGGCGUCUUACCACAUUCGUUUCACGCCUGAUUCAGUGCAAUGAGAACUCCAAGCCAGUUCCCGGUGAACUGGGGAAGCAGUGCGUCAUUCGCUCCACACUAUUCGAUGUGUCCUUCCUGAUGUUGACAAGCAUCGUGCAGACCUAUGGAUCAGAUGUGGUCUUGACUGAACGCGGCGACUCCUUUUUCGAGAAAUGGGUGCGGGAGUGCAUGGUGGAACGAAAUAAACUGAAGAACCCGCGCCAAAUUCUCGCCUUGUGCGAUGACAGCAUCGUGGAUGAGCUCCUGCUUAGUUUGAGCAAACCAGAGGCAGCCCAACUUAAGCCAAGCAAUCUGAGUUGCCAAGAGACCUGCCUUAACUUGCCCGGAGUCCUCCAUCACGUGCUUAUAGCUUGGGAGCAGGAGACCCUCUCCUCGGCGGAUGUAAAAAGUAUUCUGGACAACAUUAAGCGGCGGCUUUUCAGUUUUUCCGUUUGCGCCACUAGCUUUUUGUGUGCAUACAUGUACUCGGUUAAGGAAACAGAGCUUCUUAAGCCACUGAACAUGAUCCAGCAGUUCUUGGCGCCGUUGACCAGCGAGGAACUCUCCAGCCAGGAAAAUGCCAACGAGCGGUUAGCUCUGUCCUAUCAGAUUAUCCGAAAAAUGCAACACGACGUGCAUCCCGCUCCAAGUACGAAGUCCCGCCUGAUUUCACACUCUCCACUGGUGGAGCAGUUCCGGGAGGUUUGGCGGACCGUAGUCGAUGCUGGACACCUGCCCGUCCGCGCUGCUCAAACACUGGAAUCGCUGCUGCUGGCCGGCGGCGCAGCGUGGCUAUCCACGCAGCUGGUGGAGCAACUGCUGGCCUGCAAGUACACAAGAGACAUGUCGCGAGCGAUGGAUGUGGUGUUCGCCGUAAUGCACCUGGACAUCGAGAAGACCACGGAAGCGUUGCUGCAGUACGUGGUCGCUCCUCUAAUUCUCCGCCGACAGGGUGAGGACAUCAAUGAGCCUCAAUCUCUGAUUUUGGCCCGCCUCUGUGUCUAUUGUAUUAUUUCCUGCCUGGAAAGUCGUAGCGGGAAUGCCUCCUUCGCCCUGUCAGCUAUGAAGAAGCGUUCGAGAUCCCACGAUGAGGAGGAACUGGCGGCCAACGCAGCUAAAGUGCGCAAGGUGAUUGGCGGCGAUGGCAGUGACAACUCCAGCGACUUUACGGAUAGCACCGUCGGCGCUGGAUUGGGAGCUCUACUGGGAACAACGUCGACUGCAGAGUUGCGCACAACGCCGCUUACAUUAAGAGAACCGCUGCAGACGAGCGUGCAGCAUAUUUUUGCAGUAUUCCUGCAGUUUGUCAGUAGCGAUGAGCUGUCGCCUAAGGCCGUGUUUGUAUAUCAGUUCAUCUCGCUGCUUGUGGAGUGCGGCGGAGAUCGGGUGGCUCCUGUGCUGCGACUUCUGCCUGCCACACUUGUGCAGCAGCUGCUUAAAGUCCUGGUCACGGAUGACAUACGAGUGGGCUUGAUCAGCAGACUAUACGAUCUGCGACUCCAGGCAGGACGGCAGUCGGCGGUGGCAGAUUUGUGUCUGUGGCGGAACAUGCAAAUGGCCAGGCACAGCAUCCACCUGUGAGGGAUUGCGAGAGCGUGCCGAUUAAAAUUAAGAGACGGGCGGGCGAAAUUGCUAAAUGAAUUGUAUUAAAAACUAGAAAUUGGUGA